UGCAAAUAAUCAACUUAACUUGCUUUACCAAAAAGCUUUACAAGUUGCAAAUAAUGCAGUUAAAGAGGAUGAUAUUGGCAAUGUUGAAGCUGCUAUAAAAUCUUAUUUGGAAGUUAAAAAGAUUUUUGAAUCUAUUUUGCAACUUGAAACAAAUCAAAUUAAGGGAAACAAGAUUCGUGAAAAAUAUCAAGAAUAUAAUAUACGAGUCUCUGUAUUAAAAAAAUUAACAACUUACGAUAAAUUAAUGGUUCAGGCCAAGCAUAAAUUGGAUCAAAUUUCAUUACAAUAUGAACAAAAAAAUAAUCAAGAAGUUUUAGAAUUGUAUAAAUGCUUAUUAGAAAUAUUAAUGAAGGCGGCUAUGGAAGAAACAAGGGAUAAAUCAGAAUUGGUUAAAUUUAUGAAUAAAAUAUUUGAAAGGGCUGAAGAUUUGAAAGGAUUACCAACGACCAUGUCUUCAUUACAGGUAAGAUCGUCUAAUCCCGGUGCAGAGAAUGCUUCUCUAAUCUAUAAGCUUUCGAGCAUAGAAGAUGCAAUUCUUAAAAAAAAUUCAAUAAUAAACGGAAAAAAUUUUCCUCAAUGGCCAGAAGAGCCAGAAGAAUUAAAUGAACAAUUUGAAUUUGAACGCCCAUUUGUAGAUAAUGAUGUUUUGGAAUUAUCGAUAGCGCAAAGAGAAAAAUUUGAUUCAUGGAGGCGUCCAUCAGAAAUAAUGAAUGAACCUGAAUUAUUUAAAAUGGUUUCAAGUACUGCUAUCAAACAAGAUGUUGUAACCGAUUGUUCCUUUGUAGCAUCGUUAUGUGUAAGCGCAGCAUAUCAGAAACGAUACGGUAACAAGCAGUUAAUUACAAGAUGUAUUUUUCCCAAAAAUAAAUAUGGCCAUCCAUAUUAUAAUCCAAGCGGAAAAUAUGUCAUUAAAUUAAUAUUUAAUGGAGCUCCGAGAAAAGUAGUUAUCGAUGACUUUCUUCCAUUUUCUCGCGAUGGAACUUUGAUGUGUACGUUUUCAACAAAUAAAAAUGAAUUAUGGCCAAGCAUAAUAGAAAAGGCUUAUUUGAAAUUGAUGGGAGGUUAUAAUUUUCCUGGAUCAAACUCGGGAAUUGAUCUCUAUAUACUUACUGGAUGGAUUCCAGAACAAAUUUUUAUAGACAAAUAUUUCGAAAAAGAAACUAUGUGGAAACGGAUGUUGAAUAGUCAACCAAAAGAUGACAAGAAUCCGGACCAACAUGCACUUAUUACUAUUGCCACCGGUCACUUAAGCGAUACUAAAGGAUUGGUUCCUACUCAUGCAUAUGCCGUUUUAGAUAUACGUGAGUUUAACGAUAUCCGUUUAUUACUGGUUAAAAAUCCAUGGAGUCAUAAAAGAUGGACAGGACCAUUUAGUCAUUUAGAUCGCGUUAAUUGGACACCUGAAUUAAUGAAAGCAUUAGAUUAUGAUAUAGAGAGAGCAUCUAAUGUUGACGAUGGAAUAUUUUGGAUUGAUUUUGAUUCUGUAUGUGAAUAUUUUUACUCAAUUCAUAUGAAUUGGAAUCCAGAACGUUUUCGCUAUGUUGUUACAAAGCAUUCAACAUGGCCUAUAAAUGUUGGAUUACGAAAAGACACCGUGAAUUUAGCAUAUAAUCCACAAUUUUGUUUGGAAAUAAAUAAUGAGAGUGAACAACCAUCUGAGGUUUAUCUUUUGUUAUCUAAACAUAUCACUGUUACAGAAGAAGAAAAUGAGGAUUUCAUCACGUUACAUGUUUAUAAUGAUACAAAUGGAGAAAAAAUUUAUUCCGACAAAACUCCUUGGAAGAAGGGAGCAUAUGUAAAUAGCCCUCAUAUACUGGUUAGGUUCGAUGCGCCAACUGGUAUAACUCGCUAUACCAUUGUUGUUGCUCAAAUCAAUCGAUUCAAAACUUUAGAUUUUACUUUGAAAUGUUAUAGUAUAUCACCAGCAACAUUAUCGGAAAUUUCAAAGAAAUAUCAAAACGUGAAACAUAUUUCUGGCAAAUGGACAAAUCAAACAGCUGGUGGAAAUCCAAGUAAUAUAACUUAUUUAAACAACCCAGAGUAUCGUGUUUCAAUAUCACCGCCGGUAUCUAAUUCACCAUCGGAUAAACCUCGAGUGUUAUUAAUGUUGGAAGGUCCUAAAAAGUUUGCAAUGGAUGUUAGGAUGAUAUGGAGCAAUGGAAAGAGAAUUGCUAGUUUAACUACCAAGGAUAUUUUGAUGAAAUCUAGCGGUUAUCGAAAUGGGUUUUGUUAUUGCGAAAAGGAUGACAUAAAACCUGGUGAUUAUACUAUUAUUGUAUCAACAUAUGAACCUGGCCUUAUUGGAGAAUUUACAUUAACUGUAGCAUCAAAUGUUACAUUUAAUGUCACUAGCAUACCGCUUGAAGGAGCUGGAAUGUUCAAGAAAGUAAUUCAAGGACAAUGGAUUAAGGGAUUUAAUGCUAUGGGGUAUCAACAUGAUUUUUAUUUAAACCCAAGUUAUCAUCUUAAAAUUUCUGAAAUGACUACUAUUAAAAUUAGGCUUCAAACACCAGAAAUGAACCCUACACCGACGCAUAUUAAAGUAUUUGAGAAACGUCCAAAUAACUUACUUGGUAGAGAAUUAGCUAAUUCAGGAGAUUUUGCUUAUGCCGGUUUUAUCCAGGGUGUUUGUACAGAAGAUAUAUCUCUUCCUUCAAGUGAUCAAGGUUACGUUAUAGUAUUUUGUACAUGGGAAAAAGAUGUGGCUGGUAAAUUUAUUGCGUAUAUUUAUAGUGAUAGGAAUAUAACUAUUGAAGAAAUCAUUCAUGAACGAAAUGAGCUAAGAAAUAAUAAUUAAUUUUUUGGGAUUUUAAGCAUAGGGAGGUUAACCAGAUAACUUAUCUUUUUCAAUGAAAAAGUGGUAUUGAAAUGAAUCAUUGAUUACAAUAAUUACAUUUUAUUUUAGAUAGAAUAUAGAUAGAACUUAUUUUAAGUUAAAUAAACAUUAAAACCUUAAUAUUAAAGUCUUUUUUUUUUUUAUAUGG